UUUUGAGGCUCGAAGUAUAAAUGACUCGACCUUUGCUCGCGGUAGUUUCGAAGAAUUCUUUCUGGACCUUGAGUGUGGCCCAUGGAUCUAAGAAAUCACUUCAUCGACAAAGAAGCAGAGACUCUGUAGUUUAUGAUAUCCAUUCAAGGGAGUCCUUGAAGUCAAAGCAAGUUUACGUUUUUGGUUUCUCAGCAACUGGAGCUCUCGGUAAUGAGAAAUAUCUUGGUCUUCAUGGUAAACCUGGUGUUGGAGGUGUAUCACGGCCUACGCCUUUGGAAUUUUCGUCGUCUUUAGGUGUUCCGUUAAAAGCUGCUUGUGGAUAUGGCUUCACAACAUAUAUAUGUGGAGGCAGUCAUGGGGAUUUUGGCGUCUACGGCUGUGGGAUCAACAGUGAUGGCCAAUUAGGAUCACAGUCGGUUGGAUUAAAAACCAAACUUCCUACAGGCAACUCAGUAAAUGUUGUUCCUGAACUUGUGAGAAUUGCUAUCUGUCUUGAUAAUACGCAAAAACAAAUAUAUCGUCCUUCUCAUGUGGCAUGUGGUCGAGCACAUACUAUUAUAUCCUAUGAAAAUUUGAAAGAGUCGAAUAGUGAUACACCUCCUCUUGUUUUCAGCCUGGGUAACAAUGUUUUUGGGCAGUGUGGAAGAGAAAUAAUUCCUGGCGAAAAGUACGAUCGUGAUGUAGAAGUUAUAACAAAAAUAGUCUUGCCACCAGAAAUAAAAUCUAUCAAACAAUUAGUUUGCGGUCAAGACCAUACCUUGUUACUCAGCUCAGACGGUGUUGUUUAUUCCUGUGGACUUGGAUCAGAUGGUCAGACUGGUUUAGGUCAUUAUAAUGUGGUUGAUCGAUUUACUGUUGUAAAAGGUUCAUUGGUAAAUGAACGUGUUUGUUUGCUAUCGUCUCGCGGUGAUACUGUUCUUGCUCUUACUGAAUCAAAUAAAUUAUUUGCUUGGGGUAAUAAUGAAUACGGUCAAAUAUGGCCAUUAGAUCAAGAUGUACAAGUUUCAGAACCUGUUCACUUAAAUUUAGAUCAUUGUAUUGUACCAGCAGAAUCUAAUUUAUCUUCGGAUAAUGUUCAUGUAGGUGAAAUACAAUCAAUUGCUUGUGCCGGUUCUAUGUGUUGUAUUGUUAAUAAAAUUGGACAGGUAUUCGUUUGGGGCUUUGGAUGUAUUGGAUUAGGUCCAAAGGUUACUUGUUCACCUCGUCCAACGUUGAUUCCACCUGGUUUAUUUAUACCAGCUAUCGUAAAUAGUGAAUCUUGUAUUAAUUAUGUUGCUGCUGGUCUACAUCAUUUUAUUGCCCAAAGUAAUGAUGGUUUAUUAUGGGCCUGGGGUGCUCCACGUGGUGGUUUAUAUUGUCUAGGCUUAGGUAAACAAAUUACAAGUAAUUCUGUUAAUCAAACCUACCCAGUUCCAUUACUUCUUCCAAUUAAAUCUAAAGAUGUAGUAUGUGGUGUUGAUCAUACUGUUGUGAUUGGCAAAUCAUUUGGUUAAUAUUUGCUCAUUGUUCAUAUAUUAUUUAUUGUAAAUAUGUAUACAUUUCCUCACGGAACUAGCACUUUAACAAAAAAAAUGUUUAUAUAUAUACGAUCGUACAGCUGGAUAAUAUAUAUAUAUAAAUAUAUAUAAAUAUAAAUAUAUAUAUAUAUAUAUAUAUAUAUAUAUAUAUAUAUAUAUAUAUAUAUAUAUAUAUACUGUAAUUCUAUCCUUCUGUAUUACAAACUAUUAUUCAAGAAUUGUAUGUUUGAUAGUUCAGUCUGUAUUGUAUUAUUCGCAUUACAAUUUUGUAUAAUAAAAAUACAUUGGCAAAAUAUGUUUUACUUAUGUUCUGUUUUGUAGUUAGCUUGAUUUGUUUUAUUAGCUUCAUUUACUUAUCAUUUAUUGAUGCUCUUAUUCUUUACAUUGAAUUUAAAUCCAGUAGAUUCAUGUAACAAUACUCUUAAUAAUUAGUUAUUUUUCACAUUGUUUAUUUAAUACACAAAAUGUAUCUAUUAAAUAAAUCUGUCAACUAGGAAUUGGGAUUAUAAUAAUGUCUCUUGAUUACUACACCAACAAAUUCAUGAAGUAGAUGGACUACUAGGAUUUGAGUUUCUGACCUUGUUGUUGAAAAUCAAGUACUCAUUAAGCUAUUGGUUCACAUUUCUGAGAGAAUGACUGCUAUCUUUACAAGAAGGAGAAGAGUAGGAAAUUGAGCAAUAUGACAUUCAGUAUGAUUGGGUUUAUUUUUAUAGAAUAUUUAGUUUCCGGAAGUCAAACUAAAAAGUAAGAUACGUUUACCUAGUUAAAGUAUAUUGUUUGUCAUGUUUAUCCAUUGCGACUGUUAAUUAACAAAUCAAUAUUUGGAUAUUUUCAUCUAUACCACCCAUAACUAACUUCUAACGAAAAUUGGCCGCCUAUUUAUCCAGUCAUUUCUUAUAAUUCGGAUUUAUCUUCAAUUAUUUUGAUGCUAAAUAUACCUCGACUAUCAAAAUUUAUUCAUAUGUACUUUUAAAUUUAUAACAGAAACGAUUAAUAAUAAACAUAUUUUCGUUAUUUAAUAUUUGAAUUCAUGAGUCGAUUAAAGCUAGACCACCAUGGAAAACCUGCAAGCACUGGACAGUCGUUUCGUCCUAGUAAGGGACUUCUCAGCAGUGUGCAUCCACGAUCCUGUUCGCGGGACUCGAACCCAGGACUCUCUAUCUCGCGCGCGGACACCCAACCUCUAGACUACUGAGCUGGCAUCCAACGGUGUUAAUGUCUAACUUCAGCCAAUACGCGAAAUCGCGCCACCGUCCACCAUCUCAGGUAUUGAUGUUUGAAUAAGCAUGUGUAAGCACAUGGGACUUCCCACGCCGUGUGGUCUAUUCUUCUCCCGAAGCGCUCCUAUCUUUUCAUCGAGUUUCUUAAACGGUAGAAGUUACUGCAUACUGACCUCUUUCUCUCUAGGAACAUGACUUCUAAAUAACCUAUAAGGUCAUACUACACUUAUUUGUUUCCAAGAAACCUUUGGUAGUUGCGGGUUGUAUAGAGGAUACUGUAGCUUCUUAUCACUUAAAUUUGGCCUCACAUUUUAUCUCCACUCAAGUAGUAUCAAAACUCUAGCAAGUUGAAACUAAGAGACCAAUUGCAUAUAUAUUUUGUUCAGGGAGGAAAGCAUUGCUCUAGGAUAAUCUUUUGACAAAUUCGUACUGAUGGUCUAAAACUAAAGGUUUCCAGAAAAUUUAGAAACUGGGAAUUUUAACAGACUCGCGUCAGUUGCUUAUUAGCAAAUGUGUUCAUUAAAAUAAGUCACCUAAUAACAUGUAUAGGAUUAAUGAAUAUUUGAUUUCCUGGUAUUUGUUAGAAAGAGACAAAAAUAGCUACAAUUUAAGUGUUAGCUAUUACCAUUAUCACCUUUGAAAACAAUCUCAUUUCUUUGUUUGUGUUGUGACUUGAACUUGGGUCGAUUUUUACCCCGUGCCAAUUGUUGUGUCCUUGACUGAAAAGAUUAGAGAGCAGUGUAUUAUAGAUCGAAUCAGUGACACGUAAAACACGCACAAACGGCCUAAAGUCCUGCUUCCCUGUCUAGCCCAGCCAGUUGAGUCCAGAACACAAGUCACAGCCUCUGAGAUAUGAAUCAUUA